AAAGGUCCUGACAGACAGACGUGCAGACAGACGGACAGACAAGACAUCGACAGCUAAUCGGACUGAAAAUUCAUGAGUGCAAUAAUAAGCAGGUAGCUGCUGGCUUAUCGUCUUUUAUGAGCCAGAACCACGGGCGAGUAGGUCGAGACAACCGGGACCAUGGAAAGAAAGAGUCUGCCUGUUAAGCGUAUUCUCAGUAAGCCCCAGAUCUUCCGCAGCAACCUCCACACUGAUGUGAAUGCAAGCCACUCUCGGACUGGACGCUCGCUCCUGAACAACGUGCAGCGCAGCAGGCACAAGAAUCUGUACGACAACAAUCAUCAUGUCAGGGCCAAGCCCGACUUAAAUACAACACUACCAGUUCGACAGACAGCUUCCAUCUUCAAACAGCCGGUCACCAAGGUGACAAAUCACCCCAACAACAAGGUGAAGACAGACCCCCAGAAGGCUGUGGACCAACCAAAACAAUUGUUCUGGGAGAGGAAGUUGAGUGGAUUAAAUGCGUUCGAUAUAGCAGAGGAACUGGUAAAAACUAUGGAUCUUCCCAAAGGCUUACAGGGCGUUGGGCCUGUGUGUUCAGACAAAACGCUGCUGUCUGCAAUCGCCAGCGCCCUCCACACCAGCCCGGCGCCCAUCACCGGGCAGCUUACGGCUGCAGUGGAGAAAAACCCCGGAGUCUGGCUCAACACGACACAGCCCCUCUGCAAAGCCUUCGUAGUGACUGAUGAUGACAUCAGGAAGCAGGAGGACCUGGUGCAGAAUGUGAGGAGGCGUCUUGAGGAAGCUCUUAUGGCCGACAUGCUGGCUCACAUAGAGGACUCAGCUGCAGACGCAGCAGCCGACAAAGUAGAGGAGAAGGUCGAGCAGGUGGACCAGGAGGAAUCAUAGCCAAGACUCGCCUGACGUGAAGUUUGUCUGUAAAAUCUUUCAAAUAUUCAAUUAAAUGACUCCAUGAAGAUUUGUAUACACAAUGCAGAGACUCUGCAAAAAUUUGUUAACCUAAACAAAGACGGUAGUCUUUAUUUUUUUACAUGUGUAAUCCUGAAAAGGUGCUUUGAGUUUCCGUUCUCAUUUUUACCUCGACUAAUGUCUGACAGCUGUGGAUGGUGCUUCAUACAAUGCAGUGUUACAUUUAGUUAACAGCUGGUUAAGCUCAAUGUUGAAAACUCAAACCUUGUGUAUGUGAAUGACGUGUGUUAUAAUGUAUAAGUUGGUGUUGCGGAGUGCGUUUCUUUUGAAUUGUUGUAUCAGAACUUGUUGUUUUAUAUUUUACUGACACAGUAGUUAGUGUGCUAUAUGUUUGGAAGCAUAAUAAUUUGCAGUAUUUUUUACAUGCACACACAGCGCUCCUGUGGCUGUAAAGUACUGAACGAGUUAUGGUUUUACAGUUUCAUGUUUCUUCUCACAGUAAGUUUACAUGGUUUUGAAGUCAUUGCGUUUGACAAAACAAUUGUCAUUAUUAUUUUACCAACUACAUUGGAGAGAAACACAAAAAAAAUACAACGCUGAUGCACCGUACCUCAUUACGAGAUUCUUCUGUGUACCAUUGUCAAAUAAAUGCAGCUCUUUUUGUGAUUUAA